AAAAAGUUGUAUAUUAAAAAAAAAUAAAUGAUUAAAAUUGCUUUCGUAGUAUUGCUCGCCUUAAUCUCCUUAUAAGGAGCUCAAGCUGUUAUUGGUGUUGAUAUUUAUUCUCCCUUCAAUAACUUCUAGUGCUUAAAGAACAAUGGAGUCUAGUUUGCUAUUGUUAGAGGUUACAAAAGUUACGGUGCUGUUGAUUCAGGCAAUGUUGAUACUCUCAAAAAUGCUAAGUCUGCAGGUUUAAUUACAGAUAUUUAUCAUUUUCCUUGCCUUGGUAAAGUUAGUGCAGCUGAUUAGGUUUAAGCAACUGUUAAUACUUUUGGAUCCUUGUACGGAACUGUUUGGGUUGAUGUUGAAACUAAUCCAUCAUCUGGCUGUGGUUGGACUUCUAAUGUUAACACUAACUGCUAAUUCUUGAAGGAUAUUGUUGCAGCUUACAAAUCUCAUGGCAAGUUAGUUGGUAUUUAUAGUUCUUAAUAUUAGUGGACAACUAUCUUCGGUGCUGCUGGUAACUGUCCUUACUUCACCAACCUCCCAAUCUGGUACGCUCACUACGAUAAUUCUCCUAGUUUCAGUGACUGGAGUAAGUACUAAUUUGGUGGCUGGACAAAGCCUGCUAUCAAGUAAUAUAUUGGCGAUACUACUUUAUGUGGUCUUGAUGUUGAUAUGGAUUACUAUUGA